CCUGGCGCCGCCUCAAGGGCCGGCUCCCCCUCGCCGCCCUUCAAGGGCCGCCGGUGCUGCGGGGAGUCGCCGACGCAUUUCCUAGCGGGCGGGUACCGGGUCCGUGGCGAGGAGCUCCGCUCCCCCCUGCCCGAGUGCCCCGGCACCCCGCCCCACAAGACCUUCCGCAAGCUGCGCCUCUUCGACACGCCGCACACGCCCAAGAGUUUGCUUUCCAAAGCUCAAGGAAUGGGCUCCAGCUCAGUUAAACUCCGGGUAGGAUCCCUCUUCAUGAAUGUGGGGAAGUCAGAAAAACACGAUGCUGUUAUGAGACGGACGCCUCACGUGAACAUUAAUCCCUUUACUCCAGACUCGCUGUUCCUUCAGACUUCAGCUGGACAGUGUCGUAGGAGAAAGAGAACUCACUGGAAUGACUCUUGUGGGGAGGACAUGGAAGCAAGUGAUGGCGAACUUGAAGAUGAAACUAUCAGACCUGCAAAGCGGAUCACAAUAACAGAAAGUAAUAUGAAGUCACGGUAUGAAACAGAAUUUCAUGAAUUAGAGAAGAUUGGGUCUGGAGAAUUUGGUUCGGUGUUUAAAUGUGUAAAGAGGCUUGAUGGCUGUAUCUAUGCUAUAAAACGGUCCAAGAAGCCCUUAGCUGGCUCAGUUGAUGAGCAGAAUGCUUUAAGAGAAGUCUAUGCACACGCAGUUUUGGGGCAGCAUUCUCAUGUAGUCAGAUACUACUCUGCCUGGGCUGAGGAUGAUCACAUGCUUAUACAGAAUGAGUAUUGUAAUGGUGGCAGUUUAGCUGAUGCCAUAAGUGAAAACUAUAGAAAUAUGCGCUAUUUUACUGAACCAGAGUUGAAAGAUCUACUGCUGCAGGUAGCUCGUGGCUUAAAAUAUAUUCAUUCAAUGUCACUGGUACAUAUGGAUAUAAAGCCUAGUAAUAUCUUCAUAUCUAGGACAUCAGUUCCAAGUACGACAUCAGAAGAAGGUGAUGAUGAUGACUGGUCUUCUGACAAAGUUGUAUUUAAAAUAGGUGAUCUUGGUCAUGUAACUAGAAUAUCGAGUCCACAAGUAGAGGAAGGAGAUAGUCGUUUUCUCGCAAAUGAAGUUUUACAAGAGAACUAUACUCACUUGCCGAAAGCCGAUAUUUUUGCUCUUGCUCUAACUGUUGUGUGUGCUGCUGGUGCUGAGCCACUUCCGACUAAUGGGGACCAAUGGCAUGAAAUUCGACAAGGAAAACUGCCUAGAAUACCACAAGUACUUUCUCAAGAAUUCUUGGAGUUACUAAAAGUUAUGAUUAGUCCAGAUCCAGAGAGAAGACCUACAGCAGUGGCUCUGAGCAAGCAUUCAGUGUUGCUGUCAGCUGCCAAAAAGAGUGCGGAACAACUUCGUAUAGAACUGAAUGCUGAGAAGUUCAAAAAUUCACUCUUGCAAAAAGAACUGAAGAAGGCACAAAUGGCAAAAGCUGCAGCAGAAGAGAGGGCACUGUUCACUGACCGAAUGGCAACUAGAUCUUCAACACAAAAUAGAACAUCUCGACUCAUUGGAAAGAAAAUGAACCGAUCAGUUAGUCUUACUAUUUACUGAAAUAACCAUUCCAAAAAAAAUUGAGUAAAGACUAUGAAAUAGAAGUGGAUUGAAUUUUUGAGGAGUUGAAGGAAGAAUUCAGUUUCUCGUUUCUUGCCCAGUCUUCAAUCAGUGUCUCUAGUUUUAUAGAAAUAGCUUCUAGGAUUUUAAAUUGCAAAAUACAGCUAAUCAGCUGUAUUAACAAUUGAGGUAUUGGACUCUUACUCUUAAUAUCUGGUCUAUUGAAAAUGUUGGAUGUUGAUCCAUAAGCCUUUCAGUUACACUGUUAAAUGUUACACCGUCCCAGGGUUAACCACUAUAGUGGUGUGCUGCUUUUUAGUGAUACUAUAUUGUAACAAAACAAGUUUUCCCAAGUAAUCUUAAAAGGGCUUUAUUGAAAUGACUGUCCUUGAAACAGGGAAGGAUUGCUGAGGAGACUGGUUUAAGGCCAUUCAGUAUGCCUGGGGUCAGGAGAUUUUUUUUAUUGUGAAUUUUACUUGUCUAUUUGACUUGGAGCACUUUGUAGGCAUUACUUAAACCAUAGAUAAAUAAGCCUGUGGAAGUAUAUGCCAUGUGAAACUGCUGCUAUUUUAGUUUUUGUCCCUUGCUGUAAACUGUAGCAUUAAAACAAUCAUUGUUGUGUUAAUAGGCUUUCUGUUAAAACAAUUAUGUGAAAACUAUCUAAGCUGCCUUUAGUGAAAGCAGCAUUUUUCUUUGAAGCUAGUGCAUUGUAAACUAAUGCACCAAUUUUAUAUUUGAACUUUGUAUUAGUGUAGUGCAAUUGUUGUCUCAGCCAUUAAUAUUUUUGUAAUUUUUUUUUAAUAAAGUUCUCUGAAUGUUGGGGUUUUUCCUCUUCUCCCUCCCUUCAGUUUCAUGUUUGUAUGGCUUUUACAUUUUUUUGGAAAACCUGUACAUAAUUGUGCUGUUUUUAGUGUAAGUAUUUUGGCUGUUCUUCAAUGUUCAUGUACAUAACUGUUUGAUCUUGCUCAUAGUAUACUAUACUAAACUGCAGUCUGGGAUGCCAGAAGACUGCAUUGAAUCUAUUCCAGUGUAAGUUUUGAACCAAAUACAAUUGGGCUGUCCAAUCACUUUUUCUGAUACUAGUUAAAAGCUGACCGAUAUUGCCAAAAAUUGAAUUUGUAUAUGACUGGCACAUCUCUACUCAUUAACUUUGAUUUGAACAAUGUUCCCCGUUUCUGUUUCACUUAUUUGUAUUAGUAUUUAAUUGGAAUAUUAAAAGUCAAAAGGUUGAGCUUAA